AUGGCCAUUCUUGUCAUUUAUCGACAAACAUUGGUUCAUUCGGUUACACUAAGCUCAGAAAUCGAUGUCCUUCGUGCCUUAAAAGAAGGAAUCGAUCCAAACUCGAUACCCUCCAAUUCAUUCAUAAGCACAUGGGAUUUUUCGGUUGAUCCAUGUGAAAGCACAGGAUCCCAUUUUCUGGGAAUCUUAUGCACCAUCCCCGAGGAUAACUCAAGCAGCCGAAUCACUACCCUUGAGCUAGACGGGGCAGGGUACGAUGGAUUUCUAACUAGUAACAUCGGUAACUUAACAGAACUCACCCUCCUAAACUUAAGCAAAAACAAGUUCCGAGGCCCAAUCCCUGACAGCAUGACUAAGUUUAGCAAAUUAACUACACUUAUUAUCUCUGACAAUUUCUUCACCGGCAGCUUACCCGAAGGACUAAAGAGACUAAAAAGAAUCCAACAACUCGAUGUCUCACGUAACAAACUAACAGGCCUAAUACCCAAUUGGAUCACAAAUUUUCGAACCCUUGAAUCAUUAAAAAUUUCGAGCAAUGGAUUUUCAGGUCGAAUCCCUAAUCUAGCCGGCUUAUGGCAACUUCACACAUUCGAUGGUAGUAACAACCAACUAUUCGGAAUCCUUCCACAACUUCCUACAAGUUUAAGAACAUUGUCACUAAGCCACAAUGUGCUAUCAGGAAGUAUACAUUCAGUAUCCGACCUUCUAAAUCUCCGCACAUUAGAUUUAAGUGAUAAUAGGUUUAGCGGCAGAAUUAGAGGAAUUGUGAACCUCCCUCAGAUCAUCACACUUAACUUAUCAGUAAAUUGGUUUACCGAACUACAGGUUCCUCGUUUCUUGGUCGAGCCUACACAUCUCCAAGUGUUGGAUGUCGAGCAAAAUCGACUGACCGGGCACUUGCCGGGAAAUUUGGCUACAAUGGACAAACUUACGGCAAUUUACUUGAGUCAUAACCAGUUAUCUGGGCCUAUACCUAGAGUUUUUGGGGCUAGGAUUGGUGCCCCUUGGAGGCAUAUUUUCUUUGAUCAUAAUUUUCUUGUGGGGGGUUUGCCAGCAGAGUUUAGUGCCCAAAAUGUUAAGGUUACGGGCAGUUUGGCACAUAAUUGUCUUAAGUGUCCUAGGAACGUUAGUAUGUGUGAUGGUGGUCAAAGGCCUGCUCCGGAGUGUGCUGGUCAAAGUGUAAGUCAAAUAAUUUACUAA